AGCUACAGUACCUUCCUGAGUGAGAUGAGGAAGGACUCUAUAUGUGUGGGUGGAAGGAAGUGCUCAACAUUUACCACAUACUGAAACCAGACAUUGAGGGGUGAUGGGGGAUGCACAUAUUACUACAAAGAGUUGUCGACUACAUUAAAAACAACAUUUGCUGAGUUACUAAACUCUACACACAUAGUUGUCUUGCAGUCACAUGUGUCCUCAAACGUUGCUACUGCAGGUGUGCACUGUGGAAUUUAAGGGCAUAUUGUAAGUAUGGCUCAAAGAAACUGGAAGGGCUUCCGAGAGUUUUGGGGUUUUGGUCCAAAUGUGUUAACUCACUUCACCACUACAAUCAUUCUGGAAUAUCCGUGUGACUUUCGGUCAUAAAACAAUACUAAGAUCAAAUAGCCAUGCAAAGUUUCUGAUUUAAAUAGUUUAUCCGCUUGGAGUGUCAUGAACAAUGAAGUAAGAAGAUGAACCCACACAGAAUGUGUAUAAUGUGAUAAUGAGUGAACAACAUUGAUGACACAUUGUGUCUUUUCCUUUUCAUUAAAAUGUGUCACUUAUUAUGGUAGUUAGGGGCGGCAGGGUAGCCUAGUGGUUAGAGUGUUGAACUAGUAACCGAAAGGUUGCAAGUUCAAAUCCCCGAGCUGACAAAGUACAAAUCUGUCGUUCUGCCCCUAAACAGGCAGUUAACCCACUGUUCCUAGGCCGUCAUUGAAAAUAAGUUCUUAACUGACUUGCCUAGUAAAAUAAAGAUCAAAUUAAAAGUUAGAAGAAAGAGGUCAAACACAGGACAGGCAGCCUACUAAAACAUGAAAAACCUCAUGUGUUAUGUCAUCUAUUUGGUGGAAACCCUGAGGGUAAACUAAAGAAUACCAUUUAGCAUAUGAAAUAGGCCUUUUAAAUUAAUAAUCAUUUGCAUUUUCUCCAUAGGUGCUUUUCAUUUACCAAGGAAAACGCAUAGCCUUCACCCCCAGAUACAGACAUAAAAACGACAAUACCCAGAGUUCUCAUCUACUGCGUCUGCGCAAUACACACUACGGCCCUAGGCGUUGGACGAAAGAUGCAAUGCACUCCGGCAGCAUCAGUACCAGCCCAGUAGAGUGUGCUGCAAAUAAACCAAAAAUAGGGGACGGCGACGAAUAGCCUUUAUAAUUACUGAUACACCGGUACCGGUUUCUUAUUCUGGCAAGAUGGGAGAUCAGAAGGAAUCGCUUCGUAAGAUCACCACCACCCUGGCCCUGAAGAAUGAGGAGAUCACAAACUUCAUCUGCUGUCAGAAACAGAGCCUGGAGAACCUGGAGGUUAACUCCAGCCGUGUCCAGGAGGACCUGGAGACAGAGUUCAGCUCCCUCCACUCAGUACUGGACGAUAUAAAGGACAGCAUGGUCACCAGGAUCAAACAGGAGAGGGCCAGCCGCACCUAUGAGCUACAGAGUCAGCUGAGUGCAUGCUCCAAAGCCCUGGAGAGCUCCGAGGAGCUAUUGGAGGUAGCCAAUCAGACUCUCUGCUCCUCGGAAGCAGACGACUUCACUCAGGCGGCCAAAGACAUUAAGGAUAGUGUGACAAUGGCCCCAGCCUUCCGUUUGUCGCUGAAAGCCAAAGCCACUGACAGCAUGAGUCACAUGAUGGUGGACUUCACCCAAGAGAGGGAGAUGCUGCAGGCCAUCAAGUUCCUCCCAGUGCCUGCGACCCCAGAGAUUCUGGUGUCAGAGUGCCAGGUGUGUGACAAUACGGUGACGGUACAGUGGGCUCUGCCUGAGCCCGACAGCAAGAUAGACCACUAUGACCUGGAACACCGCCGCACCAACCAUGAGGGGCCGCCCCGCGCCCGAGAGGACUACCCAUGGAUGGUAGUGGAGGGCAUCUGCGAGACCGAGUACACCCUUACAGGGCUUCGCUUCGACACACACUACAUGACGUUCCGUGUGAAGGCGUGUAACAAGGCUGUGGCAGGAGAGUUCUCUGAGCUUGUAACACUGGAGACACAUGCUUUCCUGUUCAAGCUGGAUGCCGGCUCAGCUCAUCAGAACCUGAAGGUGGAGGACCUCAGUGUGGAGUGGGACAGCUGCGGGGGGAAGGUUGUCCAGGACAUCCGCAAGGACAAGAACAGAACCAACCAAUCUCCAAUGCACUCACCUGCCAGGACAGCCAUGAAUUCACCUAAGAGAGUGCCAUCUGCUCGGGUCGGCAGAGACCGAUUCACGGCUGAAUCCUACACUGUACUGGGAGACACUUUUAUUGACGCAGGCCAGCAGUACUGGGAGGUGCGGUUCGAUAAGGAGAGCAAAGCAUUCGCUGUGGGCUUGGCCCUGCGGAACCUGGGCCGCUUUGACCAGCUGGGGAAGAGCAACGCAUCAUGGUGCAUCCACCUGAACAACUGGCUGCAGCAGAGCCUCACAGCCAAGCACAACAACAAGGCCCGCACCCUGGACUGUCCCAUCCCGGACCGCAUAGGGGUCUACUGCAACUACGAGGAGGGUGCACUGUCUUUCUACAAUGCCAGAACCAAGACACUGAUGCACACUUUUAGAACCAAGUUCACACAGCCUGUCAUACCAGCCUUCUCGGUGUGGAAUGGUUGUUUCUCAGUGCAGACGGGUCUGCAGGUGCCCAGUGCGGUGCAGAGCAGCCAGAGGAAGAAUAGUGGUACCAGCAGCUCCAACACCAGCCUCACCUAGACCCAGCCAGAACCAACUGCUGCAGCAGAACUUAACCCCAUUCAGGCUGUGUGGUGGUCGGAGCUCAAACUGGUCCCAGCGCUGCCGCUGCUCACCCCCCCCCCAAUACACACCACACCUGCCUGAUCCCAAUCAGACUACUACACUCCCUGUGCCUUCCAGACAGGUGCCCUCAGUGUAUCAGGAGUGAAUCAUAAAGUAAUUUAAUUCAUAUCCCUAAUUCAACAAAGGCCAAAUGAAGAUAACCCAGUUACCAAUAUAUUAGGAGCUAGGCACAAUAUAUGUUAAUAUUUCAAUGCAACAGACAGACCCCAAUGCAACUAAAAACAGUCCAUAUAACGCGGUUGUAGUACAGUAGUCAUUAAUACAUACUGAAUGUUUGGAAUCCUCUGCCUCUUAUUUUGCUAGUUGCUUCUCAGUACAGAUGCACCUAAUUUACCUGUAUAACCCAAAUAACUUUGUAGCGAAACGACCUGCUUAUAGUCACAAGUUUAUUGCUACUUAAGAAUGUAUUGAAUUCUACAUCACCAGCAGCUGUGUGGACCAGUGGAGACACAGAUGGAAAUACAGAACUGCUGAUUGGAUCUUGGGGAAGGGUUGGUAUGGGGUCGGAGGGUCUGAAUAUUGUAUUGUAACGUGUCGCCCUGACUUGUCACCGUUUAAUCACCACCUGAAGUGAGGAGAGAAACGAUUUCAUGAGCCGGGUGAGGACUACCUGGAAGAGAGACAUUCCGAGAUAUUGUUGCUGCAAGUGUUUACCGAUGUUAACACCAGUCCUUAUUCAUGUCACCUGAUGUCUCAACUCAAUGCUGGGGUGCUAUUAUUUUAAAUACCGUCUACGUUUUUGUCAUGUUGAUGGUACGCAUCAUAUGAAUAUAACUUGCAAUGCUUUAAAGCUUCCACUGGAGAAUGUUUUACUUCACGGGUUAAAACAUUUGACAAUGUAAAUAUGUUCCUUUCAUUUUUACACUACAGUAUGUAUGUUUGUCACACACAGUUAAUAAAGCAGUAAGACAGC